AGGCACGCAGCAUACCUUGUGGGAAAAUAGCUUAGAUGUGCCUGUGCCUGUGACUUUGCAAGGACUCACCUCCCCACCUGCUCCUCCUUCUCCAAAGUGAGUCACAUCACAAACAGAAAUGAAAGAGGCGUGCACUACUCACCUUACACAGAGGAGAAUAGAAACCUGUCUUUGAAAACUGCACUGUGUCUGAUGCACGGCUCACUUGUCUCAAGCUCUUGAGUUAUCAAGUGUAUUUGAGUAGAUGGAGGUGACACGACCAUCUGCAAAAUGGUUUACAGAAACACAAUCAGACUGGUUUCUUCGAAAUGGGAUUCCUGAUUGGUUUCAUGGCAUCAUAACAAGGAAGGAUGCAGAAGAUUUACUAAAAGAUACAGUUCUUGGGUGCUUUCUCAUAAGAGUUGGUGAAAGUCGAAUUGGUUACAGUUUAUCUUACAAAGCUCCUGACCGUUACAGACAUUUUAUGAUUGAUGUGCUAAAUGGUCAAAAUUGUAAUAUGGUUGGAGAUACAAGAAUCCAUAGGACACUAGAAGAUUUAGUUAUGUUUUAUUCCGUGAAUCCUAUUUCUCCAUACAACGAAUUUUUAACCGAACCCUGUGGGCAGAAAACAAACUCCAAUGCCGAUUAUCAAGAAUUGUUUGAGCACUAUAACAAUCAGGUUGCAAAUGUAGAAACAGUUGACAAUAAUGAGAGAUACAUCGCUUUUCCGAUACCUGAAGCAAAACUGAAUUCCAAAGGAGCUGUGGAACCACCAGGAAAUGUACUGGAGCAGGCAUGCCCACCUAUUCCUCCCAGAAGAUUAAGGGCUUCAGGCAGUCUCCCAGAAUUACCUCACGUUCCAUCUUCCAUGGUCCCAAGACUCUACCCUGCCCUGCCUCAAGUAGAACCCAUGCCACACAAUUUUGUUCACGUGACACCAAGUCAGAAUGGUCAUGGUCACAAACUUUUGAAGUCAAGCAGUGUGGAUUCACCAAUUUUCCAAAACAAAAGUUGUGCGAUCAGUGGGGACCAACAAACUGCCAUAUCAUCUAAGCCAUUCAGAGGCCGUCGCAAUAUACUGAAAAAGGCAGCGGCUCGGGUAACAGAUGGACAGAUUGGGCAAGAAUUCAAGUCAUUGGAAAAUGCAGUGACAACACAUAUGAAACAUCUAAAAGACAAUUUGGGAUUGUCAGGGCAAACGGAACUGCAAAAUACAAACAAAAAUGUUAAUCAAAACGCAAAAAGAAUAAUUCCUGAAGAGUACAAAAAGCCUCCUCCUUUUGCUCCAGGAUUUAACUGAAAAAGACAUUUUCACAAGACACAAGCUCAGACUUUUACAAUAGGUGUCAAAAAGAUAAUUCAGAAGGUCAACAUAGAUGAUUUAUGUUACAGAAUCACUUUAUGUUACUGCCUAGUUAAAAAUAAUGAAACAUUUCAUAAAUACUGUACAUAAUAUUUUCUGUAUAUUCUUAUUGAAUGACUGAUUCAACUGUUUUAGUUGUAUUUGUGUAGAUAAGUAUACACAGCAUAUUACUGAGCCUACCCUGGAACUAUUUAAACAUAGCUGGCUUGGCACC